CUCAAUCAUUCGCUGAGUCGCAUUUUGUGUUAUUCUCAUGCUGUGGUAUUUACUUAAUACUUAAAAAUAUUGAGUUAUAUUUAUUUUAUUAACAAUGAAACAAGACGGCAAGGAACAAACGAAACCAGGAAAGAAAAAUAAGAAGUUACAGCUUUAUAAGCCAAGAAAGAAAAAAAGUGUAGAGGAAGAUGCUGCGAUACAAUAUUUACAGGCUCAGUACGACAAGAUAAAUCCAGAUGAAAUUAAAACAUUUAAAGACUUUCCACUAUCACAGAAGACUCUAAAGGGACUAAAAGAAAACCAUUAUGUUACUCCAACUGAAAUACAGAAGCAAGCCAUAGGUUAUGCUCUGCAAGGGAAAGACAUAUUGGGUGCUGCCAAAACUGGGUCAGGCAAAACAUUAGCAUUCCUUGUGCCUAUACUGGAAAAUUUAUUUUGUAAAAAAUGGACAAGGUUAGAUGGUGUUGGAGCCUUGGUUAUAUCACCAACCAGAGAACUAGCCUACCAGAUAUAUGAAACCUUAAGAAAAGUAGGACACCUGCACGACUUCUCAGCAGGUCUCAUUAUUGGAGGACAGAAUUUAAAAUUUGAACGGAAAAGAAUGGAUCAAAUAAAUAUACUAAUUUGUACCCCUGGUCGUCUCCUGCAGCACAUGGAUGAAAACCCUUUAUUUGACUGUAGCCACUUGCAAAUCUUGGUCCUGGAUGAAGCUGACAGGUGUUUAGAUAUGGGCUUUGAAGCAACAAUGAAUGCAAUCAUUGAAAAUUUGCCGCCGCAAAGGCAGACUUUGUUAUUCUCAGCAACACAAACAAAAUCUGUGAAAGACCUGGCACGCCUUAGUUUGUCCUUCCCAACAUACAUCGCCCCACAUGAGCAGGCUGCCACUGUCACUCCCGACCUGCUGCAGCAGAGUUACAUCAUUACUGAGAUUGAAGACAAGAUUGGGAUUUUGUGGUCCUUUAUCAAGAAUCAUUUAAAACAGAAAGUAAUAGUGUUUAUGGCAACAUGUAAACAGGUCAAGUAUAUAUAUGAGCUGUUCUGCAAGCUGAGGCCUGGCGUGAGCUUGCUGGCACUGUAUGGGACAUUACAUCAAGAGAAAAGAGAAAAAAUUUACAAUGAGUUUUGUAGAAAAUCUAAUGUUGUGCUGUUUGCUACAGAUUUAGCUUCCAGAGGUCUAGACUUCCCUCGUGUUAAUUGGGUGAUACAGAUGGAUUGUCCUGAAGAUGUAGAGACCUACAUUCACAGAGCUGGGCGCACCGCAAGAGGUUUCACUGGUAAAGGAGAAGGAUUACUGAUGCUCUUACCACAUGAAGAAAAGUUUGUUGAACAUCUACAAAAUAGUAAAAUACCCAUUAACAAAAUUCAAGUAGACCCAUCCAAAGUUAUUGCACCACAAAGAAAAAUAGAGAGUUUACUUUCUGACAGCAUGGAGCUCAAGCAGAGUGCACAAAGAGCUUUUGUUAGCUAUUUAAAAUCAGUGUUUUUAAUGAAAAACAAAGAAAUAUUCAAUGUUCAACUUCUAGACACAGAUUCAUUUGCAAGGUCUCUGGGAUUGAUAGUACCACCAUAUAUCAAGUUCCUGAAGAAGCAACAGUAUGCACAGAAGAAACAAGUUGAGACAGAGAACAACAAUGUCAUUGAAAAGUUAAAAGCAAAAACUGGGUCUGAUGAAGAGUCUGAACAAAGUGAAGAAGAAGUCACUAAUAUAGACGUUGUAAAGAAACCUGAAAGUAAAAAAAGUAAAGAAAGAUUUAUGAAAUUUGAUUUCCACAUAGACGCAGAUGAUGAUAAGGAAGAUUUCUUACAAGCUAACAACUUGGAUAUACAUGUGAGUGAUGAGCCUCUUGAAGAACCACAAGUGGAGACAACUAAGAAAGCAAAGACUAUAACAAAAGCAGCCCUUGCUAAAAAACUAUUGAAAAAAAAUAUUAAAGUUAAUACAACAGUGAAGUUUACGGAGGAGGGUGACAUAGAUGAAGAUGAUAAGAAAGAUGUAGAAAGUGAAGCAGUGAAACAGAUUUUGAGUGUGAAUUCAACAAGUUUGCUUUUAGAAAGAGCUCAAAUGGUAAUGCAAGAAGAAGACAAAAUUGACAAAGUUAGAUUUAGAGAAAAUGUAAGAGCCAAGCACAAGGAAAAGAAACGUAAGCUCAAAAAUAAAAGUAAAGAAGAUGAAGGUGAAAAAGAUGACUUUGGAUCACAGUCUGAGUCUGAUGGUCCCGACCUAUCAUGGUUGCCUGAUCCUGAUAAAAUAUACGGCAAGAAGGAAGAUAGUGACCACAGUGGAGAUUCUGGUGACGACAGGAAUUCUGAAGUGUCAGAUGGAACUGAUGAUGAGUCUGGUGAUGAAUCGGAAGUUGACGAAUCUUUUCACAGGCCGACAAAGCGAAAGUUACCAGAGACAGAGACAAGUGUGGCUCCUCGGAAGGUGAAGAAGGUGCAGGACAUCUCGGCUUCACUGUCCGUCAGCGAAGCAGAGGCGCUCGCUAUGCAACUGCUUCAAACUAAACGAUAACUUAUGGUCUACUUGUUAAUAAAAAAAUAUAUUUAAAAUUUA